CCAUAUAAACAAAACCGUUACAUUUUUACUGUUGAUAUUUUUUCCAUUUCCUGGAUUCGCCAAGUCCGUUGGAGUUCCACCCAGGCGCGCAGGGGGAGAGAGAUGGCACACAGUGAGAACCAACAGUCGUCCUUUUCUGAUAUAAUAGAAUUAAACGUCGGCGGGCAAGUGUAUGUAACUCGACAUGCAACUUUAGUCUCCGUCCCAAACUCUCUCCUGUGGACUAUGUUCGCACAGAAGAGCCCUACAGAACUACCGAAAGACAGCAAAGGACGCUACUUCUUUGACCGGGAUGGAUUUCUGUUCAGGUAUAUUCUGGAUUAUCUGCGGGAAAGGGACAUCGUUCUACCGGACUUCUUUAAGGAGAGGGGUCGGUUACAGAAGGAGGCAGAGUUCUUCCAGCUGCACGAGCUCGCACAGCGCCUCAGACCGGCAGUGAGUAAAGAUAACUCUCUCGGGGACGAGUUGUGCGCCCAUGGAGACCCGGAAGAGGCUUCUCUCGCCUGCGCUCUGGGUAGUAGCAGCAUCGCCACGACCGCGGUGAGCAGCCCGACUCCGAGCCUCCGCUCCCCGUUCCAGAAGCAUGGCUAUAUUACCAUUGGUUACCGGGGCUCCUACACCAUCGGGAGAGAUAUUCAAACGGACGCCAAGUUCAGGCGUGUGGCCAGAAUAACGGUUUGCGGAAAGACGUCCCUGGCCAAAGAAGUUUUCGGUGAGACUCUGAAUGAGAGCAGAGACCCGGACAAACCACCUGAGAGGUACACCUCCCGGUACUAUCUGAAGUAUAACUUUCUCGAGCAGGCGUUCGACAGGCUCGCGGAGGUCGGGUUCCGCAUGGUGGCUUGCAGCUCCACGGGCACGUGCGCGUACGCGAGCAGCGACCCGAACGAGGACAAAAUCUGGACCAGCUACACCGAAUACGUGUUCUCCCGGGACUGAACAACCCGUUACACCGGGCCGUUAGGUAGCUUUACCUGCGGGUACUGGGACAGUUGUACGGUAGAGAGACUACCUGCAGAAAUGUGAAAACUCCUCUAUCUUCUCUAUAUGUCCCAUCUGAUUAUGGGAAAGGUUAAAGGUUACUGAGGAUUAUUCUGAAAGUAUGGACAUAUUGGUUGUUGCUUUGCCCAGGCCUAUAUAAGGCUAAUAAUGGAGGUAUGUUUCAUGUUGCAGACCAGUCUAUAUUAUACACACACACACACACACACACACACACACACACACACACACACACACACACACACACACACACACACACACACACACACACACACACACACACAGACUCAGAUUGGGGAUGCUACUUAGGCAGCCCGUUCCCACCUUAAGUUGUGGGAUCUUAACCCUGCAGAACGUUACGUUUGGAUUUGUGUUUUGUUGCAAUUCAGUAUUAAAAAUCAUGAACACUUUGCUGCUUUGGUCUCAUUCAUCUGACGUAACACAUUUAGACACACACACACACACACACACACACACACACACACACACACACACACACACACACACACACACACACACACACACACACACACACACACACACACACACACACACACACACACACACACAACACA